AUGAGGGGCGCAAGGGUAGCAAACUUUCACCUUUUCAACCGGUGCGGCACACCUCUCGCAACAGGUCGGUCCUUAUUCAGUCCAUAUGCGAGGUGUCUGUCUUCCGAUACCCCUGGCUUCGAUGAACCAAAGGCGAACCGGGCCGGACACAGUCUUCCGUCCCCCGGCAAGGCACUCUCUACCGUGAAGAAGGAAACCAGCGUCGUUGACUAUGCAUUAACUAACAUGGACCGGCUGCUGGCCUGGGCGCGCAAUGGAUCCAUGUGGCCUCUGACAUUUGCGCUCGCCUGCUGCGGUAUCGAGAUGAUGCACUUGUCAAUGCCACGGUACGACCAAGACCGUCUGGGCAUCAUCUUUCGCGCCUCACCACGCCAGGCCGACGUCAUGAUCGUGGCUGGAACCGUCACCAACAAGAUGGCGCCCGCAGUCCGGCAGUGCUACGACCAGAUGCCAGAUCCCAAAUGGGUCAUUAGUAUGGGCACAUGUGCCAACGGCGGCGGAUAUUACCACUACAGCUACAGCGUCGUACGUGGUGUCGACCGUAUCCUGCCCGUGGAUAUUUACGUGCCAGGCUGUCCUCCUACGGCCGAGGCGCUGAUGUACGGACUUUUACAGCUGCAGAAGAAGAUCAGAAAAACAAAGGUCACACGGAUGUGGUAUCGGAAAUAA